CGGAUCGGAUCGGAUCGGAUCGGAUCGGAUCGGAUCGGAUCGGAUCGGAUCGGAUCGAGACGGAUCGCAUCGCCUCGGCUGGGCUCGACUUGGCUCGGCUCGGCUCGGAUGGGCUCGGUGCAGGCGCGCCCAGCGGGAUCCCCGGCGCCUCCGUCCCGAACGCGCGGCGCACCGAGCAGCGCUGCCGCGGAGCAGCCUUAGGCGAAGCCGAGCGCCCCGGGGGGGCUGCUGGGGGCCAUGGGGGUGGCAGGCACCGAGCUGCCCGGCGGCAACAUCAGCGUCAACCAGAGCGCCGCCGACCCCUCGCUGUCGCGGGACGUGUGGAUGGUGGGCAUGGGGAUCCUCAUGUCGGUGAUCGUGCUGGCCAUCGUCUUCGGCAACGUGCUGGUGAUCACCGCCAUCGCCCGGUUCCAGCGCCUGCAGACCGUCACCAACUACUUCAUCACCUCGCUGGCGUGCGCUGACCUAGUGAUGGGUCUGGCCGUGGUGCCCUUCGGCGCCAGCCACAUCAUCAUGGAGAUGUGGAAGUUUGGGAACUUCUGGUGUGAGUUCUGGACCUCUUUGGACGUGCUCUGUGUCACGGCCAGCAUUGAGACCCUCUGCGUCAUUGCCGUGGACCGGUACUUCGCCAUCACCUCCCCUUUCAAGUACCAGAGCCUGCUGACCAAGAGCAAGGCACGCGUGGUCAUCCUUGUGGUGUGGGUGGUUUCAGCCCUCACCUCCUUCUUGCCCAUCCAAAUGCACUGGUACCGGGCAGACCGUAACGAGGCCAUUCUGUGCUACGAAAAGGACACGUGUUGCGAUUUCUUCACUAACCAAGCCUAUGCUAUCGCCUCCUCCAUCAUCUCCUUCUACCUGCCGCUCGUGGUCAUGGUAUUUGUGUACGCCAGGGUCUUCCAGGUGGCCAAGAAGCAAUUGCAGAAGAUAGACAGGAGUGAGGGGAGGUUUCACACUCAGAACAAGGAGCAGGAACAGAAAGGGGGAGCUGGGCACCGCCGUUCCUCCAAGUUCUUCUUGAAGGAGCACAAGGCCCUCAAGACCCUGGGCAUCAUCAUGGGGACCUUCACGCUAUGCUGGCUGCCCUUCUUCAUCGUCAACAUCGUGCACGUCAUCCAGGACGACAUCAUACCCAAGUACGUAUACAUCCUCUUGAACUGGCUGGGCUAUGUCAACUCUGCCUUCAACCCUCUGAUCUACUGCCGGAGCCCGGACUUCAGGUACGCCUUCCAGGAGCUCCUGUGCCUCCGCAGGUCUGCCCUGAAGAUGUACGCCAACGGCUACUCCAACAGCAACGGCAAGAGUGAGUACAACGAGGAGGACAACGGCUACCCCUUGGCGUCGGAUAAAGCCUGCGAGCUGCUCUGCGAGGAGGGCUCCUUCCCUCACCCCGAGGACUUUUUGCACUGCAAAGAGAUCCCUGGGUGUCCAGGAAUGGUUGAGAGCUGAAUGGGCUGACCUCUCUUCCUCACCAUCCUGAGCUCAUGAGGGCUCUGAAGAGAUUGAGUAGGAGAAUGACCUUGCUUCUCUGAGACUGGGAAUGCUGUGGGAAGUUAUUGCCUUGGCAACUGUCUUCAUCCCAACCCAUAGCCCAUCGUGCAUUGCCUGAAGAAGAAGCUGAUGGAAGAUAACCAGAGGACCAGGAAAGGCUCUUCUAGCCUCAAAGGACACAGACUGGGGACCGGCACUAAGAGAGGCACUUUGCAGGAGUCACUGUAUAUGAAAUUGGCUCUGGAAAGAAGCUACAGGAGCCCUGUGAACUGAAGGAGGUGAAUGUCCAAAUCACCACAAAAGGUGUAGAUGGGUUUCCCUGGCACAGCAUCCUUGGAAAGCACUUUCAAAAGGGAAAGGGGUAUCAGGACCACAUACAUGGCCGUCUCCAGUGGCUGGUUUGGAAGAGGCACAGAAAGGUGCCUUACGGGUCGGGUCAGGAGACCAACAGAACAUGCUCACAGCUGCUUGUCCACGUGCUGGCUGGGGCUUCAGACAAAUAGGAAUCUGACCAGGACUGAAAGAGAAGGAGCGUGGAAGAUUUCUUUGAUUUAUUCUGUGCUUGUUUCUCCUUCUAGUGUCUUCUCUGUCUACCUCUUUUUCUCUGUAGGCCCAUGUGUACUGCCUGUGAUGCACAGAGCCCCACAAACACACUUAGGUGUUUUAGCACAGGGCAAAUCCUGUGCAGUGUGCAACUGUGCUGCCCUGUGCGUUGCUGUUGCUGGACGGGGUUGACAUUGCACAGUGCAGCCAUAACAUGGCCUUUGUUUGCACCUUAUGCCAACAAAUCUGCAACUGCAAUGCCGGGACUUCAGACAGAGAAAAGCUUGAAUCUGACAAUCCUUUUAUGUGCGAGCAGUCACUUGCUAGCAUGACCAGCCGCAGUUGGGAGCCAAGUUUUAACACCAGAGCCCCAAACCAUUAUAGAGCAUUCAUCCCUCUCCUGUAGCUGUGGAAAGGAGCAUGCUGGCAGGCUGCAUACUCGGCUCCUGCAUCCUGGAUUGUAAAAAACUCAUUCAGCAGAAAAAGAGACGGAGAUCGAGGGAGUGAUGGAGACUCAGAAAAUUGUAGGAGAAACUGAUUCAAAACUAUAGGAAAAUUUUCACCUCUUAUUGCACGUAGUGUCCCAGCUGCAUACUGUCAUGCUUAGCUGGGUGCCUGCAGGUCUCUGUUCACCAAGGUGCUCCUGGAGGCCGGGGCAAAAUGUGCCGGUACCGAACUGUGCUGGGAGCCUCAACGCAGACCUUCUUUCUUGGGCUUCCAGCUGCAAACCCCUUCCUUCAUGUGCAAUCGUAUUUAUUUAUUUAUUUUCUUGCUGCUUGAUGCAAAGCUGCUAACAGAGCACCCUCCCCACAGACAUCCACAGCUGAGACAGGAUGGAGAGAGUGUGCUGUGUGUCUAUGCGACCAGAGCGGGCAAAGGGCAGGUGUAUGCUAUGAAUGGGCUGGAUCGGGCAGGAAGGAAAGGCUGCAGUUAAACCAGAAAUACUUUCCCUGGGGUGAGUGUGCAGUUUGGUCUUCCAAGAAUUAAGAACAGGAUGGGCAAACUUUUGUUGGGAAAGGAGAACAGGACAGCUGUAGGUCCCAUAAGCUCUGCAGAGUGCCCCUAGCCAGAUGUUCUCCAUGUAGCUGUGCUUGUGCAGGGUAUGUGUAUUUGUGCCAGUUGCUUGCCCAGAUCCUGUCCUUCCAGCUAUAGUGGAGCAAACUUAUUAUGCAUACAUCCUGGCUUUGGACACUUGCUGGGGGUCAUAUCCCCACCCAGGGCAAGUGCCCAGGAGUGUGCUCACAAAGGUUUAAUACCUGGCAGUCUUUUCUGCCCAGUCCAAAAGAGAUAUCCUUGUACAGAUUCAUUUGACACAGCCAGUUUGAGGCUAGCAGACACGAGCCUCUGUGGACAAUGUUGUAGUUGUGCUGUAGUGGCUCCUGUUCAGCCUUGGCUGUUCCUACCCAAUUUGCUAAACAACCGGCACGCCGGCAGCGUCUGCUCGUGGUCAGGUAUCCCAUUUUAUGGACAGUUUGUGUGUCCUAGUGGAGAAGGGAACUGUUUCUCUGGGAGACGGGGACUCUCCCAUGCCCUGCUGCUCCCACAGCUCCCAUGCUCAAGAAGGACAUGGGGCACCUGGGUAUCCCUUGGAAGGGCUCCUGGCUGCUCCAGGGGAGCCUAGCUUCUCCCAUACCCUUCCCUCUGAGAUGCCUCAACAAGACUUUGUCCAAACCUGCGUGACUGCUGAAUCGAAAUAUUUCCCAACCAAAACCUGUUCCUCAGAAGAUUCCUGGCUGGCUGUAGUCACGGAUUAUAUAGUGGAAAUGCUGCCUUUGGGAUUAGUUUUCAAGUUAGAGACACACAUGGUAUUAUUGUAGUUCUUUUUCUUGCAAAUCCUUUCAUGUGCAAAGGCAGGUUGCAGUAAGUGAAGUGAAUACACUUUCUCUGAUAAUCUGCCAGGAUGGCCCAAAAGCAGUGACCUGCUUAUUGCUGAAAGCUUCCUUGCAGAGUUGUAAGAGUUGGAGAUGGGAGAAAUGUAUUACAAAUCCAUCUGUCUAUAACUCUUCAGGCUCGUUCAAUGUAUUACAUUUACUGAUGGUGUGUGUUGGGUCUAUUUUUGAAUGCCCUGACGCCAGGGUUAUUGUGCUGUCCAUUGGGAGACUGCUCUGUAGUCCAAGUCAAGAGCUGCUAUUAGUACUCCACCUGCAUUUCUUCUUGAAAACUUCAUUCCAUUAUUCCUAGUGAUGCUCUUCAAAUACCUGCUGCUCAUUAUGUCCCAGUCAGGCUCUACCACUUGACCUGUGCUCAUCUUUCCUCUUCUUUCUGGCUCCCUGAUUGCUGCUGCUCCCUGUUCUUCCCAUAGUUUGGCACAGAAUGAGCCUGUUAAUUUGUUAAUUCAGUUGUGCAGAGUUUGUCAGGGAUCUGUACCCACAAGUAGAGCAGCCAGCACCUCUGGCAAUGCCUGGUCUACCCAGCAGCUGUGGAGCUGCUCUCUCAUUGCAAAGCAUGUGGGGUGCAGGAAAGAGGCAGACAUAGACAUGUGUCCAAAAGUAGACCGACAUUGGCAAUGAGCAUUCAUAUUCCACAGG